AAGUGAAAUGAUUUCCUAUGCGUCAAUGCUGUCUGAGACAAAACGAUGAGGGAGAGAAAGAGAUGGAGAGAGAGAGAACACAGGUGAGGAUGCACGCGUUGGCAGACAGUCAAGCCUACAGCUGAUUCUAUACAUUUUCAGCACUAUGGACAGUUCCAUUCUGCAGCGCGAGCAGACAGAGGGAGUAUAAAAGGUAGGAGCCUCGGUGCUUAGCCUGCACACCAACACGGCUGAGUUUACUGAGGCAAUAUGAGCCUCAGAAUGGACAAUCUUUCGGGUUCUCCGCAUAGGGCAGCUCAAGCUGAGUAUUGCUGCUAUCAACCUAAACUGACCGGAUCCCCCUCUGCGUCCAGGACCGUUGGCUUUGAGUCGACUACUGCGUACAGGAACAGAGGAUAUGUGACGAUGCUGAAGAGCGAAUUCGGAUCCAUUCCGAGAUCAUCGCAGAGCCUUUUCGAUUUAUCAGGCCCAUUUACCGGGGUGUUGACGAAAAUGAAUGAGAAAGAACUGCUCCAUGGGCUGAACGACCGUUUCGCCGGAUUCAUAGAGAAGGUGCGUCAUUUGGAGCAGCAAAAUGAAUUGUUUGAGAGGGAAAUCGAGGAAAUCAAACUAAAGGCACAGUCCCCUGCGUCUCUGGCCCAGGAGCACGAGCCGGAGCAUAUGGACCUGAGGAAUCUAGUUCAUGACAUCACCCUUCAGAAGCGUCAGAUCGAGAUAGAGCAUCAGAACCUGGAGGAAGAUUUCCUCACCUUGAGAGACAAGUACGAGCAGGAGGCACGUGACCGCUCAGAUGCAGAGAACGGCAUCCUUGUGCUGAAAAAGGACGCCAACGAUGCAUACCUCGCCAAACUUCAGUUGGACGAGAAAGCGCAGUCUCUGGUGGACGAGAUUCACUUCCUGAAGAAGAACCAUGAGGACGAGGUAUCAGAAAUGGUGGCCCAGAUCCAAGAGGCUCAAGUAACGGUCAAGGCGCACGACUUUGGCAAACCUGACAUCACUGCAGCUCUCCGGGACAUCCGUGUGCAGUUAGAAGGUCACGCCACCUCCGACUUUCAGCAGGCCGAGGAGGGCUUCCGUAUCCAGUUCGCAAAGUUAACCAAAGCGGCAGAGAGCAACAGAGAGGUGCUGAAGGCGACCCAGCAGGAGAUCCAGGAGAAUAGAAGGCGCCUGCAGGGGAAAACAAUUGAACUGGACUGUGGGAAAGGAAUGAGAGAGGCCCUGGAAAAACAACUACAAGAGCUGGAGGAGCGUCACUAUGCGGAAAUGAUUCAUUACCAGGACACUAUCAGGCAGCUGGAGAAUGAGCUGACCAAUGCUAAACUAGACAUGUCUGGCUACCUGAGAGAGUACCAGGACCUGCUGAAUGUCAAAAUGGCUUUGGAUGUGGAGAUUCUCUCUUAUAGGAAACUCCUGGAGGGUGAGGAGUCCCGCCUGUACACCAUCUCUGACACCCACAUCUCCAUGCCCUGCAUCUACCGCCAGUCCCCCGUCUACACCCUGCCUUGCCUGGCCCGGCAGGGAGGGCCCACACGCAGGUCUGAGCCCCAGUACAAGUUUGUUGAGGAGAUCAUCACUGAGACCACCAGAGACAUGGAGAUGUCCGAGAUCGAGGAGACAGGCUCCGAGGAGACGGUCCGGGGAGAGGGAGACGAGUUGAGACAGAAGCAGGGAGAAGAGAGUGACAAAGCUGAGAGGAGGAGUGGGGGAGAGGUGGAUGAGCAGAAAGAGAAAGAUAGAGGUAAAGUGGAUGUUGAAGUGGACGCCCCGGAGGAAGAGGGUGAACAGGAGGAAGAGUCUAAGAGACAGCAGAUUGUAACAUCAGCAGAGGUCGAGGUAAAUGGAGAUGGAGUUAGCCAUAGCGAGGGAGAAAAUGGAGAGGAGGGAGAGGAUGAAAGAGAGGAGGAAAAGGGGGGUGAGCCAGAUGCAAUCAAAAAGACAGAGGACAUUGACAGAGGUGAAAAUACACAAAGUGAAGUCAACUCAGCUGAGGCCACCAGUGACGGAGAGAAGGAAAAACUGGACACAACAAAGAAGCUAGACAGCGAGAUAAAGGGGACAUUAGAAAAAGAUGACACCCCAAAACAUGGUGAAUCCCAACCAGAGAUUCCCAUCUCAACAGAACCCAAAACUUCAGAGUCAGAGGAUAGCAAAACAGGAAGUUCAAUAAAGGGUGAACCACAGGUCCCCACAGAGGACAUCUCCAAAGAACCCAAAAAGGUGUCAGAGGAGAGAAAAAAAGAAAGCCCUUUAAAAGAGAAAAAAGAGGUAGAUCUGAAAGAGGAGAGUGCCCCAACAGAGCAACAUCAAGACAGCCCAAAAGAAAGUCCCAUCAAAGAGAGAAAACAUUUAUAUCAGAGUGCCCCAACACUGGAGCAGAAACCUGUUCAGAAGGAGCACAGAGAGUCAGACCAACCUCAAGAGGCAGAGAGUGCUGUGACAACACAAGAAGAGGAUCUCCCUGAGCCCACAGAGAAGGACAUGGAAUCCCCUGAUAUCACUGCAGAGCUGAAGAGCAGUCCAACCAAGGAGACAGUGGAGCAGGUGAAGUCACCAGAUGAUUCUAGUGUAGAAAUGACACAAGAUGAGAAAACAGUAGGAGGUAAAAUGCCAGACAGAAUUAUCAGCACAACAAGUGAGUGUAAGGAAGAGCCUGUGCAAAAGACUCUUAAAAAGGAGGUGGGUCCGACAGAGCCAGAAGUGAGCAGCAAGGAUGAUAUUGUAAAAAGUGUUGUGCAGAAUGAACAUAAUGGCAGUGAAAAGGUCACAAAAGAUGUCUCAAUGGGUGAGGAAAAAGGGAAAGAAUCUAAGACAUCCCCUAAACCAGACCCCACUGUGACCCCUAAAGAAGAAACAUCCCCUAAACCAGACCCCACUGUGACCCCGAAAGAAGAAACAUCCCCUAAACCAGACCCCACUGUGACCCCUAAAGAAGAAACAUCCCCUAAACCAGACCCCACUGUGACCCCUAAAGAAGAAACAACCCCGCAUCCAGAGCCAACUGUCUCUCCUAAAGAGGAGACAUCCCCAAUACCGGACCAAUCUGUCACCCCUAAAGAAGAGACAUCCCCUAAACCGUACCCCACUGUCACCCCUAAAGAAGAGACAUCCCCUAAACUGGACCCCACUGUCACCCCUAAAGAAGAGAAAUCCCCUAAACAGGGACCAGCAAUCACCCCUAAAGAAGAAACGACCACAAAACCAGAUCAAACUGUCACCGCUAAAGAGGAGACAUCCCCACAACAGGAGCCAACAGUCACCCCUAAAGAGGAGACAUCCCCUAAACCGGAUCCCACUGUGACCCCUAAAGAAGAGACAUCCCCAAUACCGGACCAAACUGUCACCCCUAAAGAAGAGACAUCCCCUAAACCGUACCCCACUGUUGCCCCUAAAGAGGAGACAUCCCCACAACAGGAGCCAACCGUAACCCCUAAAGAGGAGACAUCCCCUAAACCGGACCCCACUGUCACCCCUAAAGAAGAGACAUCCCCUAAACAGGGACCAGCAGUCACCCCUAAAGAAGAAACAACCACAAAACCGGACCAAACUGUCACCGCUAAAGAGGAGACAUCCCCACAACAGGAGCCAACCGUAACCCCUAAAGAGGAGACAUCCCCUAAACCAGACCCCACUGUCACCCCUAAAAAAGAAACAGCCCUAAAACCGGACCGAACUGUCACCCCUAAAGAGAAGACUUCCCCAAAACCAGUACCAGCAGUCACCCCUAAAGUAGAAACUUCCCCAAAACCAGAUAUAACCACCACCCCUAAAGAAGAAACUUCCCCAAAACCAGAACAAGCAGUCACCCCUAAAGUAGAAACUCCCCCAAAACCAGAAACAGUAGUCAUCCCAAAAGUAGAAACUUCCCCAAAACCAGAACUAGCAGUCACCACUAAAGUAGAAACCUCCCCAAAACCAGAACCAGCAGUCACCACUAAAGUAGAAACUUCCCCAAAACCAGAAACAGCAGUCACCCCUAAAAUAGAAACUUUCCCAAAACCAGAUAUAACCACCACCCCUAAAGAAGAAACUUCCCCAAAACCAGAACAAGCAGUCACCCCUAAAGUAGAAACCUCCCCAAAACUAGAAACAGUAGUCACCCCUAAAGUAAAAACUUCCCCAAAACCAGGACAAGCAGUCACCACUAAAGUAGAAACUUCCCCAAAACCAGAACAAGCAGUCACCAGUAAAGUAGAAACUUCCCCAAAACCAGAACAAGCAGUCACCCCUAAAGAAGAAACUUCCCCAAAACAAGAAACAGUAGUCAUUCCAAAAGUAGAAACUUCCCCAAAACCAGAACUAGCAGUCACCACUAAAGUAGAAACUUCCCCAAAACCAGAACUAGCAGUCACCACUAAAGUAGAAACUUCCCCAAAACCAGAACCAGCAGUCACCCCCAAAGUAGAAACUUCCCCAAAACCAGAAAUAGCAGUCACAGCUAAAGUAGAAACUUCCCCAAAACCAGAUAUAACCACCACCCCUAAAGAAGAAACUUCCCCAAAACCAGAACAAGCAGUCACCCCUAAAGUAGAAACUUCCCCAAAACCAAAAACAGUAGUCAUCCCAAAAGUAGAAACUUCCCCAAAACCAGAACUAGCAGUCACCACUAAAGUAGAAACUUCCCCAAAACCAGAACCAGCAGUCACAGCUAAAGAUGAAACAUCCCCUAAACCAGAUCCAGCAGUUACCAGUAAAGAGGAGACAUCCCCACAACACGAGCCAACCGUCACCCCUAAAGAAGAGACAUCCCCUAAACCGGACCCCACUGUGACCCCUAAAGAAGAAACAACCCCUAAACCGGACCCCACUGUGACCCCUAAAGAAGAAACAACCCCUAAACCGGACCCCACUGUGACCCCUAAAGAAGAAACAACCCCGCAUCCAGAGCCAACUGUCUCUCCUAAAGAGGAGACAUCCCCAAUACCGGACCAAUCUGUGACCCCUAAAGAGGAAAUAUCUCCACAACAGGAGCCAACCGUAACCCCUAAAGAAGAGACAUCCCCUAAAUCGUUCCCCACUGUCACCCCUAAAGAAGAAACAACCCCGCAUCCAGAGCCAACUGUCUCUCCUAAAGAGGAGACAUCCCCAAUACCGGACCAAUCUGUGACCCCUAAAGAGGAGACAUCCCCACAACAAGAGCCAACCGUCACCCCUAAAGAAGAGACAUCCCCUAAACCAGACCCCACUGUGACCCCUAAAGAAGAAACAACCCCGCAUCCAGAGCCAACUGUCUCUCCUAAAGAGGAGACAUCCCCAAUACCGGACCAAUCUGUGACCCCUAAAGAGGAAAUAUCUCCACAACAGGAGCCAACCGUAACCCCUAAAGAAGAGACAUCCCCUAAAUCAUUCCCCACUGUCACCCCUAAAGAGGAGACAUCCCCUAAACCAGAACUAGCAGUCACCACUGAAGAAGAAACUUCCCCAAAACCAGAACCAGCAGUCACCCCUAAAUUUGAAACUUCCCCAAAACCAAACUCAACCAUCACCCCUAAAGAGGAAAUAUCCCCUAAACCAGACUCAACCCUCACCCCAGAAUCAACGACCACCCCUAAACCAUACUCAAACCUCACCCCAGAAUCAACGACCACCCCUAAACCAGACUCAACCCUUACCCCAGAAUCAACGACCACCCCUAAACCAGACUCAACCCUCACCCCAGAAUCAUCGACCAUCCCUAAACCAGACUCAACCCUCACCCAAGAAUCAACGACCAUCCCUAAACCAUACUCAACCCUCACCCCAGAAUCAAUGACCACCCCUACGGAAGAGAGUGAAACGACGGGCAGUGGUGACAAAGCUAAGACAAUCACACCACCAGAGAAACAGAUGCCUGCAUUUGCAGAGAGCAAUGACUCCCACAGGGAGGUGCCAGAAAGCAACACAACUCAGGAGAAACAAGAGGAAAGUAUGGACAAAGAGCCUGAGAAGGUUACAGAUCCCAAAGAUGGAACCCCAAAGACAGAGAGUGUGAAAACCAAGGCCUCUGAGUUAAAAUCUGAACAAGUUGAGAUAUCUAUUACAAAUACAUUACCAGUGAAAGAACAGGAUGUAUCAGCCGUGGGUUUGAAAGAUCAGACAGUUGAUGAGAAGAUAACAGAACAAGAUACAUUUUAAAUAGACGAGAACUGCUUUACCGGACAAGCUGCUGAGCCAAUCGCAGAGAAGCAAGCUAAACCUAAAACUUGAGACUUAACCUCUUUUUGAAUGACUCGAUUUAGAGGUCAGUAGAGGUUUUCUGUAAAACUGCAUGGUUAGUGAAAGGCUUUAAAGCAAUAUGAGAACUGCUCCCCCUUAAAAUAUUAACUGACGCUUAAUAUGUAAAGUAUCAUGAUUCGUGACUGUCAAUUAUGACCAGGGCCGCAACUUUCACUGGGGACGGGGACGGGGGGACGGGGGGACAUGUCCCACUCCCGCAUUCUGAAUUUGUAUUUAUGUCCCCCCCAGUUUUAUCAUUGGAAUGUGUUACAAAACGAGGCAUAGGUGUGCUUUUGGACCAUGUGGAUGCCUCCGAGUGGUCGGGUAGGCUGUUUGGAGUGUUUAUCCGACUGGAUAUUUUUAUUUUAUUUACAAUAAUAAUAACAUCCCCCCCACUUCUAAAAUCAAAGUUGCGCCCCUGAUUAUGAGGCACAAUUAAUGAACUCCUGCAAGAGAGACGUACUGUAAUAUUGAAUAUAACAAACCAAAAGCUGUAUUUUGCUGUAUAUAUUUACUUCUGACCAAUGGAUGAUAAUGUGCAUAGGGAUGAUAAUGAGAAUGGUUGAUAAUGUGAUUUGAUCAUGCCUGAAUGCGCUGAGCAAUAAAUUCUAUUUGAAGAGCA